UUCGUGUUGCUGCUUCAGUUGCUUGAAAAACGUGAACGUGUGAAGUACGUAAAAAACUGCUAACGGAAUAGAGCAUUAAAAUCAGCCGACGCCAGCUUAAGUGCAGAGUUUUUAAAUUAACUGUAUACGUUGGUUGCUAACACGCACAUAUACAUACAUACGUAAUUAACAAAAGUUUAAAUAAGUUAGAAGAAAACUUUUGAAAACAAUGGCCAUUACAUUCUACGGUAAAUUGGCUAUCGCUGCGCUGCUUUGUGUGGGUUUUGCUUUGCUGAUCAACGCUCAGGAUAAACCAGUCACCGAUGUUUGCCUGGGUUGUAUUUGUGAAGCGAUUAGCGGCUGCAAUCGCACAGCCACUUGCACUGGCGGCGUAUGUGGUCUGUUUCGCAUCACUUGGCCCUACUGGGCUGAUGGUGGCAAGCAGACAUUGAAUGGCGAAUCACCGGAAUCGGAGUCCGCCUACGCCAACUGCGUCAACGAUCCCUACUGCGCUGCCGACACCAUACAAAAUUACAUGACCAAAUAUGCACAGGAUUGUAAUGGUGACAGUCAAGUCGAUUGCUAUGAUUAUGCGGCCAUACACAAGUUGGGCGGCUAUGGUUGCAAGGGCGAAUUGGGCUAUAAUUAUCUGAAUACAUUGUCGAAUUGCUUGAGCCUGUUUCAGGGUUAAGUGAGCAAAAGAGGAUGCAGAGACGGCUGUUGAAGUGGAAUGCA